GAAAUCUUAAUACCCUACCUAUACUAUUCAUGCUGAAGAGAGGGGGAAGCUACAAAUACCUGUUUCAUCAAUGUAGUGAGAGAAAAACUGCAUUUAAAAAUAUUUUCAGUCACUUAUUUUUCAUUUUAGAUGUUUAACUUUUGAUCUGCUAUUCAGAUAUUUUAAAGUUCUGAAUACUCAUUCUAGAGUCUAGCGAAUGAAUGGCGACUGUGGAUGAUUUAAAGUUUCAAGGUCUGGGAAUUUUUGAAAUUCCACUUCCUGUUCGCUUGGCAUGGAGAGCUCACAUCGCAUAUUCGCAGCUGACCAUGGUGGCUCCACGCAGCAAACACUUUCCCGCUUGGAGCACACUUGAGUUGUUGGAUCUGCUGGCGCUGUGGGGAGAGGAGGCUGUGCAGUCCCAGCUCCACUCCAGCCAUAGGAACUUUGUGACAUGUUGGAUAAGGGCUACAAACGAGACACCCAUCAGUGCCGUGCAAAGAUAAAGGAGCUGAGGCAGAUGUACCAAAAGGCAAGGGAAUCAAACUGUUGCUCAGAUGCUGCUCUGAAGACCUGCUUCUAUAGGGAGCUGGAUGCCAUCCUUGGCGGCGAACCCACCUGCAUCACCAAGAGCCCCAUGGACGCUUCUGGGGGGCUGGAGACAUUAGACUGGAUUCAACCCUGAAAAUGAAGUGGUGGACAAGGAGGUUGAGUUGGAGGAUGAGAUGUGACAGGCGACGGGCUGUCCUGUACAGUGGCCAGUCCCAGCACUCCAUCUCUGGCACACAUGAUGCAGGAGAGAGGAGCUCUGACGCCUUCAGGAGAACCCCCUAUGCACUGGCGGAGUGGGUGAGGAGGAGCAAGAAAGACCUGUUUUGAGAGGUGCUCCAAUCCUUAGACACCGAAAAACAAGAACACAGGGCGUCGAGAGAGACUGUAAAUGAAAAUUAUAUAAUACGCAGGACAGGAGGGAGAGCCAGGAGCAAUUUUAAUCGGCCAGAAGUGGCUGAUAAAAGUGAUGGAGGAGCAAACGGAAAUGUUGAAGUGCCUAAUUACUCUGCAGGAGCUGUUGAAAAAUGGUGUGAAACGCAAUCGGAAGCCCAUGGAAUGAUGGGACAGAAAAAACUGCAUCAUGGGCUGUUGAGCCCAUACCCAUGUUGCACUGCAAUCCACUCUGUCUUCCCACAACUCCUAGCUGCAGAAGAAUUUGAUGAUGCAUCUAACUUGCUGGCAGGAAACCCAGAUGCCACCACAAUAAGUAUUGAUGAGCCUAGUGAAAACCCCAAGAAUCAGUAUGGCCUUCUGCAAGACUCUAGGAGAGAGGAGGAUGAUGAGUUACUGGGGACUGAUGACUCAGAUAAAACUGAGUUACUUGCAGGACAGAAGAAAAGUGCCCCCUUCUGGACAUUUGAAUACUACCAGACUUUCUUUGAUGUGGAUACAUAUCAGGUCCUAGACAGAAUAAAAGGCUCAGUUUUCCCAAUACCAGGAAAAAACUUCGUAAGACUAUAUAUACGCAGCAAUCCAGAUCUUUAUGGUCCAUUUUGGAUAUGUGCCACAUUAGUCUUUGCCAUUGCUAUUAGUGGUAAUCUUUCAAAUUUCUUCAUCCAUCUGGGUAAACCUGCAUACCGGUAUGUUCCGGAGUUCAGAAAAGUGUCCAUAGCUGCAACAGCUAUCUAUGCUUAUGCUUGGCUGGUUCCUCUGGCUCUCUGGGGAUUCCUUAUGUGGAGAAAUAGCAAAGUUAUGAACAUCGUCUCCUACUCGUUUCUUGAGAUAGUGUGUGUCUAUGGCUAUUCACUCUUUAUUUAUAUUCCAACAGCUAUUUUGUGGAUUAUUCCACAAAAAGCUGUACGAUGGAUCUUGGUAAUGUUUGCUCUGUGCCUUUCGGGGUCAGUUUUAGUAAUGACAUUUUGGCCUGCUGUUAGAGACGAUAACCGAAGGAUUGCACUGGCUACUAUGGUGACUGUUGUACUUCUUCAUGCCCUGCUUGCUAUUGGUUGUUUGGCAUACUUUUUUGAUGCUCCUGAUCUGAAUGUUCUUAUACCUACUGCAGCUGCUCAAAAUGGAACAAUAGUAGCAACAAAGACUCAGUAAAUAAGAUUACAAUGCCUGUAUUCCCCAUCUGUACAGUAAUUUUAUUUUAGAUAUUUUUUCACUGAAGAAAAUGGAAAUUGCAAAAACUGAAAAAGAAGGAAGAGCCAGUACAGUUACAUGACUCAUGGACAUCUAAAUGCUCAUCAGAACGCUACUAGACUUCUAAUACUGUUGAUCUUAUUCCUUGUACAGGGAUUUUCUUUUUUCUUAAUUUCUGCAUACCUUGCACUCAUUGCAGUGUAUGUCUCAGAAUAAAAUGCUCCUGAGGGUG